AUGGAUCCUUCAAUUUACUAUAUGGAUGCCGUGCAAGGCGUCUACGAUUUGUUUCAAUAUUUAGUGGAUUUGUGGUUCGUAUACAAGUAUGGCGCCGACGUCUGCCUCGAAUACUUCAACCGCUUCUGCUACAUGGAUACUCUGCUGGGAAUGAAAUACUUUCCUGAUAUCAGGCGCAGGCUAGCGAGGUUUUUGUGCCUCAUGAUUCUCUUGUGGGUCAUCACUAGUCUGUACGACUAUCUCGUGUGGGCUUUUGCUUAUGGACCCGUAGCACCGUUGUUCUUCUCAGCAAAUUACGUCCACAUGUGCAUAAAAUCGCUAACUAACUUACAUUUAUCGUUGAAUAUUACGCACGUAGAGUACAGGCUACGAACUAUUGGAGAUCACGUUCAAACGUUGUACGCCGGCUUGGAAAAUCUGCCUCCAAUGACUCUGAGUCGGGCACUGUGCUCCACGUGGUUUUGCCCGUAUUCAAAAGAUUCCGGUGACUCAGACAUGGAGUUUUCAAAAGCGAGGAAGAAUGUAAAGUUGUUCAAGAGUUACUACUUGCUUCUGUCAGAACAAGUAAAGUUCAUUAAUCGAAUGUUUGGAAUGAGGAUACUACUCAAUACUCUUAGUUUUCUCAUCGACAUGGUUCGCCUGAUAAACGUCGCUGCUCGGGUCAUAAUUAUUGGAUCACAGCAAAUGGGAACGGAACGAUUCUACCCAGCAGUGGGAUCGCUGGUCAAAUUGUUGAUGUGUGCUGUGAUGCUGGUGUCCAUUGUGUGGCGCAGCGAGCAGGCCUACGAGCAGCGGAGCAGGCUUCUAUGUCUCAUUGACAACCUUCUUGUCCAUAAAGAUAUUGAUGAGAAUAUUGUGGAUGAUAUCAAGGACUUUCAUGAUUUAGUGGAAGCCCGCCCCGUCUCCUUCAGCAUGGCCGACUUUGUUCGAAUAGACAACACCUUCCUUGUUUCCAUGGCCUCUGCUGUUGUUACGUAUUCUAUUAUAUUAUUACAAAAUGUCAACUGA